GAAUAAGUUAAUAAUUUUUGUUUUAUUAAAUUCAAUAUGGAUUAAGCGGAUAAUAUAAAAGUGAAUGAUAUAACAAUGAGUAAUGAUACAAGUAUUAAUAUAUCAACAAGUAUAAUUAUUAUCUUUGAGAGUAUACUUGGUGCAUUAUUCAAUAUUCUUGCUAUUAUUAUUGUAUUCACAGUACAUUUUGGUUCAAAAUUAACAACAAUUAUGCUUAGAGCUCAAACAAUAUUCGAUUUUAAUGCAUGUUUUCUUACAGCUAUAUAUUAUAUAACUCAAAUUAUUGGACAAUAUAAUAAAAUUACAGGAUUAUAUAUAAUUGAUUUAUUAAUAUGUCAUUUAUGGUUUCGUAAUUCAUUAUUUUGGUUAAUGUGUAUAUUAAGUGUACAAAAUCUUGUCUGUAUAUCAGUGGAUCGAGUUAGUUCUGUUAUCUUUUUACAAUUAUAUAAAGUAUAUACAAAUCGUUUUAUUAUUAUAUAUAUUAUUUAUUUAAUUAUUAUGAUUUUAAUCUUGUAUACACCAUCACCAUUAUUACGACGUUAUGUUAAUAAUUAUUGUGAAAUGCAUUUUUCAUUUUCAUGGUUAAAAACAGAUAUAUUACUUGAUUUCAUUGUUUAUACAUGGAUUAUAUUUGCUUAUAUUAUUCCAGUUAUAAUAAUGAUUAGUAGUCAUGUUUGGGUAAUACAUAUUAUAAAAUAUUCAACAUUAUUAAAACAUAAUAUAAUUAUACAAAAAUUUCAUACAAAUUCAUAUAUUAAACGUAAAAUUAUUCAAUUAGUUAUUACAACUGCAAUUAUGUCUGGACAACAAAUUGUAUUACACUUUUUUGAAUGUAUUACACAAAUAUUAAUUAUAUGUAAUAUUAUAGAAUAUCAAUAUGAAACAGUAAUUGGUCAAAUGGGUACAUUACUCAUUAUAUUAAGUUGCCUUUUAAAUCCUUGUGUACUAAUCUUUACAACAAUUAAACUAAGAAAACGUUUAUGGAUAUUUAUUAAGAAAAUACUAGAUAAGAUUAAAAAAAUGUAA